AAUUUAUUAAAAGUGCAAUUUCUUAUUAUCAAAAGUGUUCUUGCAACAGCAUCUUAACCUCGAGGGUGAAAUUUUACCGACACUAUCAACUUGUUAUAAUUGUGGGAAUUUUGUGUGAAUGAAAGUAGCUUAAGUUAUAUAAAAAUAAUAAAAAAAAAUUGUGUCUGGAAAAUCCAAGCAUCACAAUGUCAAAGAUCAUCACAACAUUAUCUCUGUUUUUGAUACCGUUGAUCAUAUGUGAAAUACAAGGUGUCCCAGGACGAAUCGAUCCAGAUUGUAUUACACCUGAUGAGAAACCUGGUUCAUGUGUUGAUGUACGUUAUUGUGUAACAAUUAUGACAGCAUUACUGAAUGGUGACCAUCUAACAAGUGCUGAGAUUGCCAAAUAUUUGCGUGAAAGUCAAUGCGGAAUUGAAGCAAAUUCGCAAAAAGUUUGUUGUCAUGUCGAGAGCAUAGAUUUUGGCGAAGUUCCAACAGUUGAUUCAAAUCCAACUGAAGCUCCAUUGAACAGUCCCAUUCCGACAAAAACGCCAACAUUAAAUUUACCAGCAAUACAGCAACCACCACCUCUGCCGACAUACAAUCAGCAACAGACAACGAUUUCAGAUCUUGAAAAAUGCGGAAAAUUGGAACAACAAGGAACACCAUACGAAUGGAUUGCUGAACUUUGGUAUAAACAAAACAAGCUUGGUAAAAAUUUUUAUGAAUCAAAGUGUCUCGGUACGGUUAUAUCACUGAAGCAUGUCAUUGUGCCAGCACAUUGUGUCGCUUCACUACCUGCACAUAUCUCGUUAGAUCAUCUAAUAAUUGAGAAUGAUGAAUAUCUCAUCGGAAAAAUAUUUAUUCAUGCAAGUUACAAUCAGCCAAAGUUUGCAAAUGACAUCGCAAUAAUUGAACUAGAUGUGGAACUCUCACGAUCUAAAAAUCCAAAAGCAUCUGAUCCACAGCAAAUUACAAAUGCAAUUUGCUUAGAUAAGUUAGAGGGAAAUGCUCAACAAAGCAAAUCAAGCAUUGCAAUAAUGAAAACUGAACAAGGACCGCUCCGACAUGCUAAUAUUGCACUCAUUCCAAACAAUCAGUGUAGUAUGUUUUUCGAUCAACAAUUUACGGAUUUAACUUCGAGUCAAUUUUGUGCAAAUAUCCAUUCUAAUGAAACGGACAUUUCAUCAUUCAUUGGAGCAAUUAUAAUGACAUACGAUAACGUGAGACAACAGUAUUCAUUAAAAGGAUUCACAACAACGAGUGUCAGGACGGAACAGUCGUUUGAUGAUAGUAAACCAUACAUUUUUACAGACGUUGAGCAAUACUUGACUUGGAUAAAGGCAGCUUUAGGUGGUAGCGUUUUACAGAAUAAUUUAAUAACCGAUAGCCCUCGCGAUGAUGAUGAUGAUGAUGCUCCUGACACAAAAAUCCUCGAAAGUCUAUAUGAAUGUCCUUUGAGUACUGGAAAUGGACGAUGUGUUUUAGAAGAAGACUGUAAAUUAUACUCAAUGGAAAUAGAUCAAAGAUCUGAAUAUGAAGAGUUUUUAAAAAGCCUGAAGUGCUCAUACAGAAAUGAUCAAUUAUUGGAUGGAGUUUGCUGCCCUGAACAAUUUAUCAACACAACAUCCCUACAAGCUCCUGAUUUUAAUGUUAGAUUUGAAGACACGAGAACUAGACGACAAGGAAGAGAUUUAUUAGAUAUGAAUCAAUGUGGUCUAGUUGAUCCAUCGAGACGAAUUGUUGGUGGACGGCAAGCGGAUUUAAGAGAAUUCCCAUGGUUUGCUCUACUAAAGUACAAAGUUGGACGUCUAGAUAAAUUUACAUGCGGUGGUUCAUUAAUCUCCUCACGUUACGUGUUGACCUGUGCACAUUGUAUUACACAACUACCGAGUGGAUAUGAGGUUGCUGGCGUCAGAUUAGGUGAAUACGAUCUAACAACAAAUCCUGAUUGCAAAAAUGCUAAUUAUGAUGGCGAGAGUGAAUGUAAUCCACCUAUCUUGGAUGUUGAUAUUGAGUCAUUGAUACCGCAUUCACGAUAUAACAAUCCAAAGCACAGUAACGAUAUUGGAUUAGUAAGGAUGGCACAAAAUGUUGAGUUUAAAAGAGGAAGCAUUAUUCCAAUUUGUCUACCCAUCAAUAACGAGAUGCAACAAACACUUACAAAUAAAUCUACGGUUGCCGGAUUUGGAUUUACUGAACAUGGUCGUGACUCGAACGUCCUCAUGAAGAUUGUAGUGCCAAAGGUUCCGAGAGAAACAUGUCAAUCAUUUCAUCGUCCUUCAAUUCAACUGUCGGAAGGUCACGCGUGCUAUGGCGGAGAAGGAAUCAUUGAUAGUUGUAAAGGCGAUAGUGGAUCACCAUUAUUGAUAUACUCACUAGUUAAUGGAAAGUUGAAGGCAGUUCAAACAGGCAUUGUAGCAUCAGGUCAUACAGAAUGUGGACGAGGCGUAACUGGUUUUCCAGGCAUUUAUACUGAUGUACCUCAUUAUAUGAGUUGGAUACUUGAAAAUCUUACUGAAAAUUAAAUUAAUAUUAUGUAUCGCACGUACUUUAAUUAAGCAUUUUUAUUCCUCGUUUUGUAUACGUUAAUAUUGAAAAAUAAAAGAAAUUUACAGAUACACACAAGAGCUG